AUGACUUCCGUUCAUUGCACUCACAGCAGCAUUUCCGCUCAUCACGCGAUCAGCUCUCCCCCUCUCGAAGAAGAACUUCGUCGCUUUUGGGAGGUUGAAGAACUCCUACGACAAUCAUUUCUCACGCUGCAAGAAAAACAGUGUGAAGAGCAUUUCUGCUCGACUCACUAUCACGACUCCGACGGACGGUACAUCGUUCGCUUGCCGUUCAAAACGAGUCCUCCGAUCGAUAUCGGUCAUUCAAGAUUUCGCGCCGAAAAAAUGAUAAAUUCACUAGUACGGAGAUUUCGCGAUAAACCCGAGGUCGCGACAGAAUAUUCCGAUUUUAUCUCCGAAUAUCAGCGUCUUGGGCAUAUGCGGCUAUCGCCGAUGCCUCAAGGUGACAUCGAACGAACUGUCUAUUUCCUGCAUCACGGGGUGAUCCGGGAAAGCAGCUCAACCACACGUCUUCGCGUAGUUUUCAACGCUUCAAGCGUUACGUCGAACGGCACAUCCUUAAACGAUCACUUACACGCUGGCUCUAAACUACAAACUGAUCUCAUGUCGGUAAUACAAUACUACAGUGGCGCCGCUAUAAAUACGUGUAUUCAUCCGACAUCGCGAAAAUGUAUCACCAAAUUCUAG